AGCGGUGUGGUGGAGGUGGUUUUUGCAAAGUGCUGUUGGUCCGGCUGACAGCUCGAUGUUCGCGCUGUGGAGGUUUGGCUGAGGAGCUGUGCGCAGCAUGGGCACCGGGGAUUACAUCUGCGUUACGCUGCGUGGUGGUGCACCCUGGGGAUUCACCCUGAGAGAGGGAGAGGGGGACACCUACAGACCCUUUUUGGUCUCCAAGGUAGACGAAGGCGGUCGCGCCUUCCUAGCUGGAGUGCGGGAAGGUGAUGAGGUGGUAUCACUCAACGGAGAGCCAUGUGCUGAUCUCACCCUCCUACGGGCCUUUGCGCUCAUCGACACAUCGAUCGACUGUCUGCAGCUGCUUGUCAAAAGAUACUGCACCACUCCCUCAGAAGAAUCAGAGGAGACAUACUGUGGUGAGAGGGAUGCCUCUGGUGAGGCUUUAGAAAGCACCACCCUCCACAUCUUCUCCCCAAAGCACAGGUCCCAAAUCCCAAGGGAACUCUACAUAUCUGAGUCCCAGGAUGAGGCCUACUAUGGGGAGUUGGACAAUAAGUUACCCAAGGGACCCCAGCUGCUCUACACUGAGCUACACGUUCCCUCAUCUGGUGAUCAGAGAAGCCGAGAGCUUGUUUAUAAGGAAAAUGAUGAAGGAACACAGCGGUGCUUCUCGCCUGGGGACAUGGUGGAGCUCCAGGUGUCCCUGUCUGAGCAAACCUUGGACGAUGUGGGCUGCAGCGCCCUCGGGAGUGCUCAUGGGAUAGAGGGGGAACUCUCAAACAGAGAGGUGGCCGAGACGAUUUACACCGCCACCGCGUCACACCACGUGCCGCGUCCUGUCAGAGAGCCGCUCGGCCAGCAUGGAGUGGUGCUCAGCUCCCCUUCGAUGCUGAGGCAGGUGGAGGUCAUUCUGCAGCAGCCGGCAGCAUCAGGAGCAGGGAGGGGCAUCCUGAGUGUGGGUGGCUCCAGGGUCAGUGGAAGUGUUGGAUCCCAAAGUGAAGGAGAAGAAGGAGGAGGGCACAGUGAGGGAGUUCCUGGGUCUUUCACGGUCUCAUUUGGAAUUCCAUCAGAAGAGGUGACACCAGCUGAGGAGCAGGACUCUGACUCUGAGGGGGAUCAAGACAAACCCAACAAGCAUAGGGCAAGACACGCCAGGCUCAGGCGCAGUGAGAGUCUGUCCGAGAAGCAGGUGAAGGAAGCCAAGUCCAAAUGUAAACGUAUUGCCCUCCUUCUUACGGCUGCUCCGCCCAACCCCAACAACAAGGGGGUGUUGAUGUUCAAGAAACAUCGGCAAAGGGCCAAGAAAUACACACUUGUGAGCUACGGCACAGGAGAAGACGAACCAGAGUUCAGUGACGAAGACGGGGAAAACGAAGACGACAAAGAAGAAACCCAUACUGUUGAAUUUACCCUUGUGGCUCCAGACGGUUCUGAAAUAGACAAGCAUUUCCUCACUAAUGCCCAUAGUAGAAAAGGUGUGCUAACUAUCAACUUGGACAGGGGUCUCCUUGAGAUUGAGAGGAACCUUAACAACCAAGAAGAGAUGGAAUGUUUGCCUGAAACCAAGGGCAAAGGUGCCGUAAUGUUUGCCCAACGGCGUCAGAGGAUGGAUGAGAUUGCUGCUGAACAUGAGGAGCUUAGGCGUCAGGGGAUUCCUGUAGAGGCAGUGCAGACUGCUGAAAAGAAGAUGGAAGAGCACUCCUACAUGCAGUCCACAACAGAAAGCCAUGCUUACAUGGAUGUAAAUAUGCACCAACAAAGCCAACAACAACAACAACAACAACAACAACAACAGUACCAGCAAUAUCAGGAACAGCAGUACUAUGAGCAACAGCAGAACUACCAACAGCAACAAUUUCAACAACAAUAUCAGCAACAACAGUAUGAACAACAGCAUUAUCAACAACAGCAAGCGUAUCAGCAGCAGCAGCAGCAGCAAGAAUAUCAUCAAGCGCAACAGCAAAUGCAGCACUAUGCUACAAACAUCAAUGGCACAGUCCAACAUCAAACAAGUGAGAUGCAGAGUUCUUUCAGCAAUCGUACUGCAAAGCCUUUCUCAGCAGACAACAUGGUGGCUUAUUCUCCCGCAAUGAGUGGGACCAAUCAAGAUUCUGCAGGGCAAGGAGAGCAGAUAGCUUCCCGUGAUGAGCGCAUUUCCACCCCCGCAAGUCGGACUGGCCUUUUGACAGAUGCAAAGAGGAGGAAUGCUGGCAAGCCUAUGUUCACGUUUAAGGAAGCACCAAAAGUGUCUCCUAACCCAGCACUGCUAAAUCUCCUCAACAGAAGUGACAAGAAGGGAUUUGAGUCAGGACCUGAGGAAGACUACCUUAGCCUUGGGGCUGAGGCUUGUAAUUUCCUGCAGUCUCAAGGAGUUAAACACAAGACUCCUCCACCAGUGGCUCCAAAACCUGUGAUCAACCCCAUCUCUCCUCCUUGGUCCCCACAGAUAGAAAUGACCAACCAGGACAUGCCUCAACAAGCUGAAAAUAGUGUGUCCACACCUGCUGUAGCCCCCACCACAGAGGUUACUCCUGCUCCAGAACUAGAGCCAACCCCUGCACCUGCCCCUGAGCCCUCUCCCCCUCCUACCCCCCAGGAGGCUCUUGCCAGCACCACCACAGAGGAACAGCGCACAUGGACUCUUCCGGAGCCUGAACCUCAACAGCAGCCUCUGCAAAUGACAGUGCAGGAGGAAAAUGGUCACAUGAAUUCGACCCUGCAGCCUGAGCCUGAGCCUGCUCCUGUGACUAGCUGGGCUCCAGCACAAACACAAGUUCAGCAACAACCAUCUACCAAUUCUUGGCACCCAGCUCAAGUGCAGCCCCAGGAACCACCUCCAAGUCAGUCACCACCACAGCCACCUUGGGUGACACGUCAACCUGCUCAGACCCAAGCACAGCCUCAACCUCCCACCAGUACUUGGGCCCCUCAAAUUCAGCCAUCCUGGGCCCAGCCUCAAGAGCAACAACAGGUUCAGCCACCCUGGACACACUCUCAUGAGCAACCAAAUCUGCAGCAAAUGCAACCAACUUGGGGUCAACCUCAAGAACCAAUGGAGCAGCAGCCCCAAGCCCCAUGGGCACAGCCAUCACAAACAGACUCUCAGCAUCAACCACCAUGGGUGCAACAACCCCUGCAGAAGCCCCAAGCACAACCUCCUUGGGCUCAGCAGGUUCAGCCAGAGUCCCAGCCACAGCCAACAUGGGCUCAGCAACCACAGCAUCAGGCCCCACAACAAGCAUGGCCACAGGCACAAGCACCAGGUCAGCCUCAACCCCCUUGGGUCUCAGCUCAGGCUCAACAGCAACCUUCAGUUAAUGCAUGGCCUCCAUCACAAACUCAAGCCCAAGUUCAGCCACCUUGGAUCCAAGCAGCUCCAGCUCAACCUCCAGCGCAGCCUCCAGCUGUUUUGAAUCCAUGGCAGCCAGUACCUGCCCAGACUCAGUCCCCACCAUCAUGGUCCCAGCACCCUUCAGAACAUGGUCAGCACCCCAUGAAUUCUUGGGCCCAAGAGCAAAAUCAGGCCCAACAUCAACCACCUUGGGCUCAACCAGCUCCACCCCAGCCCACACCACAACCAAACUGGCAACAGUCCACUCCAAAGACUCCACCACAACCACCAAUGAAUACAUGGCCUCCACCUCAGGCACAACCGCAGACACCUGUGAAUGCCUGGGCACCACAGUCACAACAAACACCCAUUUCCACAUCAAUGGUGAACACUCGUCCUUCUCCAAAACCUUGGCAACCACCACAGCAGACCCCCCAAAACCGGACCCCUCCACCUCCACCACAGCGAAUGCACUCUUUUACCAUUCGUCAACGAGUUUCAUCACCCAUCAACCCAAUGGCAACUGUCUUAAACCCAGCAUCCCAAGGUUCAUCUUUCGAGAUGCCAGCCGUCCGAGGGAAAGGAGCUGAUAUGUUCGCCAAGAGGCAGUCUCGUAUGGAGAAAUUUGUUGUGGACUCUGAGACUGUGCAAGCAAACAAGGCAAGCCGGUCAACAUCUCCAACUGCUUCCUUACCGAAUGAGUGGAAAUAUACACCAAACGCACUUGGCAGGAGCUACUCGCUUUCCCCACCAGCCAGAGUACCAUCAACGGGCCAGAAGUCUGUUUCAGCUUCUUCUUCCCCCAAGCCUCUGGCUAAGGCCUCCACAACUACCCCAGUAAGACAGACACCCUGGCUAGAGAAAGGCCGCAAACCCCUUCAGCCCUGGGAGGCCGCCUCUCGGCAUCCCCUGGGCCUGGUGGAUGAAGCCUUUGCUUUCCAGAACCUCCAGCAAAGCCUCGCCACAAAUGUCCGCUUGGCAGCCCAGCGCAAAAUGCUGCCCGAGCCGCCAGCAGAGUGGAAGGCCAGGGUGUCUUAUGAAGCCCCACAGAAAACAGGCAGCCAGACUUGGAGCCAGAGCCAAAGCCGGAGUCAGAGUCGAGCUCCUCUGCCGACAUUCGGGUCCCUGACAAGGAGCAGUGUCUCGACCCCUGCCGGUCGUGCUGGUUACAGCUCCCUGCCCAGACAGUGGCAGCCUCAGAGGUCAGUUACACAGGCAAACCGGGGGCCCUCGGUGUCCCCCUCUGAGUUUAAGAGGCCCUCGGAAAAACAAACUUACAAAUCUGUGUACACCAGCAACACUUGGAGUUGGAGGCAGUAGGACACAACUCGACCUGUCUGACCUUUGAUGAGUAAGAUCGCAAGUUUCACUGAUUCAGUAACACAUUCAAGUGCAGUUUCUUUUUAACUCAUCACUAUCUAAAAGAAUAACAUUUUUACAUUUCUGCUUUUUUUGCUGUUGAAUAUUUAGUAUGAAAAGUUUUAGAUGGAAUUUUUGCAUGCCGUAAUCAAAUGUGAAAAGAGACGAUUACUCUAACAAUAUAUGGAGACUUAAAAGUGAUUUCUGUAACAUUAAACUGACAGCUUUGUAGUUUGGUAAAUACACUGAAGUGGCUUGUAGAUGAGGCAGUGAGUAUGUUGUUUAGAUUGGAUAUAAUGAGUGCAAAUGGACAUGUCGAGUAUAAAAUACGUGGAAAGAUUUGAGUGUUUGUAAAGUAACUACAUCUGGAGAAAACUAACUUGACUGUUCAGUUAGGAUUUCAGAAUAUAGUAAACAGGUAAUUAUGGUGUCCUCAGAAAAGAGAUAUGUAAGGAUGCUAAGAGGGAGGAAGACACAGUGACCCCACCAUUCUUGAAUUGUUUUGAGCGUAUGGAUUUGCCAUGCAUCCUGGUGGAUGUACGUAUUUAGCAUGCAGUGAUUGCACACUUUUUUUUUUUGCUGGCUUUGUUUGAUUUUCAAUCCAUGAAACUUGAGAAUGAUUACAUUUGCAGUGUUUUCCAGAUCAGCAAAUCAUUUUAGUGUCCGAAUCCAAUUAGCGAUGCAUUAGAAGUCGGGCUUAAAACUUGGGGGAAAGGUUAGCGCUAUAACUCAGCAUGUUGUGUGUGUGGACAUGUGGUUGCGUAAGCUCCAGUAAGUGAGAUUAAUUCACUUAUUUUCCAGGUGCAUUUUAAUUAGUGCAUUAGCAUUUGGCCAUAAGACGAUGAGAUGAGAUGAGAGAGGAUAAGAAGCUGAAAAUGGGGCAUCUGUGCUACCGAUAGAGGUUUUCAAAACUCUUUUCUUUGGGCACCUUUAAAUUGGCACAUGCCAGUUGUUGUUGCGAGUGAACUGAUGAGUCCUAAUUAUGACUACAAUAAAAGAUUGUUUAGUUUAUGAUAGAUUUACUGGCACUGGAAGAAUUGCUUACAGUAUGUUAUGGGUUUGUGUGUUUGGUUUGGACUUUUAGACUCCAAAGAUUAAACUUAGCUUGGUGUUUCCACAGAGUGUACAUAAUGUCCCAAUGUGAUUCCCACCGAGCAGUCUCAUAAACAUAAACAGGAUUUAUCACUCAGCAUUGUGUCGUGCCUCGACUGACUCACUCAGCAUCCUGACAUACUGUAGUGUAUCUGUGAUAAUUACACUGUAUUGCUUCCAUUCAAACAACGCUUAUUACGAUGCAACACCAGUAAUCAAUUUCUGUUCCAAACUAUUUCAGAUAUGGAUUCACAUAAAAGCAUUUUGCAAAAUAAAUACAACCAGAUAGCACUAUUUCACAAAUUGCACUGUGUGUUUGUGCUCUUUGCUCUCUAUUCCAAGCAUGAAA